AUGAUCUCAUGCGUUAUUGGGGAAGAAUCGGUGCAGCAUCACUCCUUUAGUAGCAGGCCACUCAUCUCAUGGGGAAAAGUCUUCUUACACAAAGACGCGGACGCACCUUACUAUGCACCCCUACCUUGCCGCAUCCGAACCUGCAGUACCGGUGGUAUCAGCAAUCUCUACGAGAGCUUCGGCACCAUUAAAUCGGCAGAUACUGUAGCAACCACCCAUAUUGAAACCUACCCAGGAUUUGUUUUGGGUGUUGUUUUCCCGUUCUACAAUGAGACUCGCCAGGAAAUGGAACGCUCGCUGCACCAAUUCCAGACACAACUUGAUGUAGCAAACUCGGAUUCGCGUACGGCUUGCACUGAGCAUAUACUCCUGACGAUGGACGGCUGGGACAAGUGCAGUAAUUCGAUGAAGACGUACCUU